GGGGAUCCUGGGCUGUUGGGGUACGGUCGUGUUUUCAAAUUCCACCGCCUCCACUGACCAGCCCUGGGACCUUGGGCCCAAGUGUCCCGAUUUGUUAAUGGGAAUAAUAAUACGUACUUCACAGGGUUGUUUUGAGGAUAGGACCGGAUGAUGUGCAUGACCGAUCAGCCAGAGCUCGCGUAUCGUCUAAUUUGAAAGUCUUCCAUGAAAACUUCACUUUAAAAAAAUAAGUAAUGCCAUCAUCUGUUAUCCUAAAAGACUGAAAUGGGGGCUGUCAAUUUGAGGGCCUCAUGGUUAUGAAUGUGCUUCAAUUUCAUAAUGCCUCCUGCUAUGGCAGACAUCCUUGACAUCUGGGCAGUGGAUUCACAGUUAGCAUCUGAUGGCUCCAUACCUGUGGAUUUCCUUUUGCCCACUGGGAUUUAUAUUCAGUUGGAGGUUCCUCGGGAAGCUACCAUUUCCUAUAUUAAACAGAUGUUAUGGAAGCAAGUUCACAAUUACCCAAUGUUUAACCUCCUUAUGGAAAUUGACUCCUAUAUGUUUGCAUGUGUGAAUCAAACUGCUGUAUAUGAGGAGCUUGAAGAUGAAACAAGAAGGCUCUGUGAUGUCAGACCUUUUCUUCCAGUUCUCAAAUUAGUGACAAGAAGUUGUGACCCAGGGGAAAAAUUAGACUCAAAAAUUGGAGUCCUUAUAGGAAAAGGUCUACAUGAAUUUGAUGCACUGAAGGAUCCUGAAGUGAAUGAAUUCCGAAUAAAAAUGCGCAAAUUCAGUGAAGAAAAGAUUCAGUCACUUGUGGGAUUGUCUUGGAUGGAUUGGCUAAAACAGACGUAUCCACCAGAACAUGAACCAUCCAUCCUUGAAAACUUAGAAGAUAAACUUUAUGGAGGAAAGCUCAUUGUGGCUGUUCAUUUUGAAAAUUGUCAGGAUGUGUUUAGCUUUCAAAUAUCUCCUAAUAUGAAUCCUAUCAAAAUAAAUGAACUGGCAAUCCAAAAACGUUUGACUAUUCAUGGGAAAGAAGAUGAAGUUAGCCCGUAUGACUAUGUGUUACAAGUCAGUGGACGAGUAGAAUAUGUGUUUGGUGAUCACCCACUAAUUCAGUUCCAGUAUAUCCGGAACUGUGUAAUGAAUAGGACCUUGCCUCAUUUUAUGCUUGUGGAAUGUUGCAAGAUCAAGAAGAUGUAUGAACAGGAAAUGAUUGCCAUAGAAGCUGCCAUAAAUAGAAAUUCAUCAAACCUUCCUCUUCCUUUACCACCAAAGAAAAUGCGAAUUAUUUCUCAUGUUUGGGAAAAUAACAACCCUUUCCAAAUUGUCUUGGUUAAGGGAAAUAAACUUAACACAGAAGAAAGUGUAAAAGUUCAUGUCAGGGCUGGCCUUUUUCAUGGUACCGAACUCCUGUGUAAAACCAUCGUAAGCUCAGAGAUAUCAGGGAAAAAUGAUCACAUUUGGAAUGAACCACUGGAAUUUGAUAUAAAUAUUUGUGACCUGCCACGAAUGGCUCGAUUAUGUUUUGCUAUUUAUGCAGUUUUGGAUAAAGUGAAAACGAAAAAAUCGACUAAAACUAUUAAUCCCUCUAAAUAUCAGACCAUCCGGAAAUCUGGGAAAGUGCAUUAUCCUGUAGCAUGGGUAAAUACAAUGGUUUUUGACUUUAAAGGACAGUUGAGAUCUGGAGACAUAAUAUUGCACAGCUGGUCUUCAUUUCCUGAUGAACUUGAAGAAAUGUUGAAUCCAAUGGGAACUGUUCAGACAAAUCCAUAUACGGAAAAUGCAACAGCUUUGCAUAUCAAAUUCCCAGAGAAUAAAAAACAACCUUAUUAUUAUCCUCCCUUUGAUAAGAUAAUCGAGAAGGCAGCUGAGAUUGCAAGCAGUGACAGUGCUAAUGUAUCAAGUCGAGGUGGAAAAAAGUUUCUUGCUGUACUGAAAGAAAUCUUGGACAGGGAUCCCUUGUCUCAACUGUGUGAGAACGAAAUGGAUCUUAUUUGGACUUUGCGACAAGAUUGCAGAGAGAAUUUCCCACAGUCGCUGCCAAAAUUACUGCUGUCGAUCAAGUGGAAUAAACUUGAAGAUGUUGCUCAGCUUCAAGCCCUACUUCAGAUUUGGCCUAAACUGCCCCCCCGGGAGGCCUUGGAGCUUCUAGAUUUCAACUAUCCAGAUCAGUACGUGCGAGAAUAUGCUGUGGGCUGCCUGCGACAGAUGAGUGAUGAAGAACUCUCUCAAUAUCUUUUACAACUGGUGCAAGUUUUGAAAUACGAGCCUUUUCUUGAUUGUGCCCUCUCUAGAUUCCUAUUAGAAAGAGCACUUGCUAACCGCAGGAUAGGGCAGUUUCUAUUUUGGCACCUUAGGUCAGAAGUGCAUAUUCCUGCUGUCUCAGUACAGUUUGGUGUCAUCCUUGAAGCAUACUGCCGGGGAAGUGUAGGGCAUAUGAAAGUGCUUUCUAAACAGGUUGAAGCACUCAAUAAGUUAAAAACUUUAAAUAGUUUAAUCAAACUGAAUGCAAUGAAGCUAAACAGAGCCAAAGGGAAGGAGGCCAUGCAUACUUGUUUAAAACAGAAUGCUUACCGGGAAGCCCUCUCUGACCUUCAGUCACCUCUGAAUCCGUGUGUCAUCCUCUCAGAACUCUAUGUUGAAAAAUGUAAAUACAUGGAUUCCAAAAUGAAGCCUUUGUGGCUCGUGUACAACAACAAAGUUUUUGGUGAGGAUUCAGUUGGAGUGAUUUUUAAAAAUGGUGAUGAUUUACGACAAGAUAUGUUGACACUCCAGAUGUUGCGCUUGAUGGAUUUACUUUGGAAAGAAGCUGGUCUGGAUCUUCGGAUGCUGCCUUAUGGCUGUUUAGCAACAGGAGACCGCUCUGGCCUCAUCGAAGUUGUGAGCACCUCUGAAACAAUUGCUGACAUUCAGCUGAACAGUAGCAAUGUGGCUGCAGCAGCGGCCUUCAACAAAGACGCCCUUCUGAACUGGCUUAAAGAAUACAACUCUGGGGAUGACCUAGACCGAGCCAUUGAAGAGUUUACCUUGUCCUGUGCCGGCUACUGUGUAGCUUCUUAUGUCCUUGGGAUUGGUGAUAGACAUAGUGACAACAUCAUGGUCAAGAAAACCGGCCAGCUCUUCCACAUUGACUUUGGACAUAUUCUUGGAAAUUUCAAGUCUAAAUUUGGCAUUAAAAGGGAACGAGUGCCUUUUAUUCUUACCUAUGAUUUCAUUCAUGUGAUUCAACAAGGAAAAACAGGAAACACAGAAAAAUUUGGCCGUUUCCGCCAGUGUUGUGAGGAUGCAUAUCUGAUUUUACGACGUCACGGGAAUCUCUUCAUCACUCUUUUUGCACUGAUGUUGACUGCAGGGCUUCCUGAGCUCACAUCAGUCAAGGAUAUACAGUAUCUUAAGGACUCUCUUGCCUUAGGAAAGAGUGAAGAAGAAGCGCUUAAGCAAUUUAAGCAAAAAUUUGAUGAGGCACUCAGGGAAAGCUGGACUACUAAAGUGAACUGGAUGGCCCACACAGUUCGGAAAGACUACAGAUCUUAAUGAUCAGCCUUUGCUCCUAAUGUAUUUGUUGGUUUUGUUUAGUUUUCAUUUUGCACUUGCACUAAAUUGAACAUGACCCUGCCGGAGAUGUUUUAAAGGGAAUGAAAUCCUAGAACUCAUUUAAAUUAAGAACAAGACAUCCCACAGAACCUAAUCUGCACAGUUCCUGAUGACCACCCUCUGCUUCAUUGAAUGCUUCCAAGAUUCAUCAUGAAAACUCUCAACAUUAUGGAUAAUCAUUUCCUGCUGACUUUGCACGCCGAGGAAUGCUACUAGAGAUUGUUUUCUGUCGUCGUUGUCGUCGUCGUCUUCUUCUUCUUCUUCUUCUUCUUCUUUUUUUUUAAGUAUUUGGUACUUUUCCAGAAAGGUGUAAAUACUUCUUUUUGUAUUGUGACCAAGUGUUAUCACUCAGCCGACUUAUCCACUCCUGGGCACUGGUAGUUGUUCUUAUUUUCUAAAUGAAGCUUAAAAGAAAGGUAUCUUUCUUCCCCUUUUAAAUUGUGUAAACUACAAAUUAUAACAUAAUUUGAAAUUAUGUUUUUUUUUUUUUUCAAAAGAAAUCUCUAAAUCUAUGGAAACAUUAAUUCUUUUGUUGAUAUUUAUCUACCAGGACAGCAUCAUUUCUAGCAGGCUUGCUGAAGACCUGCUGGUGAGGCAAAUAUAAUAUAUAUGUUGCAUAUAUAUUUAUAAAAUUUCUAGUGGGAGUUCUAUAUAAAAAGACAUUUCUUUGUUUUUUUUUUCAGUCUGUGUUUUAAAGUUUUACAAUAAGAAGAGCUUUUUCCUAAGUUACUUUUUUUAGUUAACUAUGUGAUCCAGUUCUUCCAGUUGCUUCUGUAAUGAGGCACAUAGUACUUUCAGUUUUUACAUGGUUUCUAUGAAAGAGUUCAUUUCAUAGAGCAUAAUACUUGAGCAAAUGCAUCCAAGACAGAAAGCAAAUGAAAAGGAAACUAUUUAUGGAAUCAUCUCCACACCUAAAAUUCAGUAUUUUAGUAAAAUGCCAGCUGUUCUUACUGUAUUUAUUAAAACUUGUAAUAAUGUGAUUUUUUUCAAGGAUAUUAGCUCAAAUUGAAAUGGUUUCAUGCCACAUGGAAUUCUUUAAUUUAUUUGUUGAGGUACCAUAUCUUUAGGGUGCUAGAUGGCAAAUAAUGUUAAUAUGUGCAAUAAGAACUACUGGUUUGAAUGUGUAAAUGGAUGCUCUUUCUGAGUACUGGCAAUAUCCAUCAAAACUACUGCUUUUUCUCCAAAGACUUUUGGGAGCUCUCAAUCCUCAGUGACAUGAGAAAGAGAACUGAUUAUUUGCCCUGUGACUGAGUUUUCUAUAGGAAUUUUAUUAAAGAUUGUUUAAUUUUGUUGUCCUCCUUCAUGUUCUCAGUCAAAUAAAUGGGUGAGCUGGUUUCAGCUGCUCUUGGGA